GCGGUGGCGGCCGGGAGGCGGUGCCGGGGCUGCCACGUUGGAGCAGUCCGGGGACGGUGAGCGCCGGGGACGCCGAGCACAAUGAAGCUGAAAGAAGUGGACCGUACUGCCAUGCAGGCAUGGAGCCCUGCCCAGCAGCACCCCAUUUACCUGGCCACAGGUACCUCAGCUCAGCAGCUGGAUGCAACCUUCAGUACAAGUGCUUCUCUAGAAAUAUUCGAGUUGGACUUAGCAGACCCUUCACUGGAUAUGAAGAGCUGUGCCACAUUCUCCUCCUCACACAGGUACCACAAGCUGAUCUGGGGCCCUCACAGCAUGACCUCAGGGGACAGAGUGUCUGGAGUCCUGAUUGCUGGGGGUGAAAAUGGCAAUGUCAUCUUGUAUGACUCAGCCAAAAUCAUAGAUGGAGAGGCUGAGGUAAUAAUAGCCCAGAAGGACAAGCACACGGGACCAGUGAGAGCGCUUGAUGUCAACAUGUUCCAGACUAAUCUGGUGGCCUCUGGUGCUAAUGAGUCUGAAAUCUAUAUCUGGGACUUGAACAACUUUGCUACACCAAUGACACCAGGAGUGAAGACGCAGCCUCUGGAGGACAUCAGCUGCAUUGCAUGGAACAGGCAAGUGCAGCACAUCCUGGCAUCCGCCAGCCCCAGCGGCAGGGCCACCGUCUGGGAUCUCAGGAAGAACGAGCCCAUCAUCAAAGUCAGCGACCACAACAACAGGAUGCACUGCUCAGGCUUGGCAUGGCACCCUGAAGUUGCCACCCAGAUGGUUUUGGCCUCGGAGGACGACAGGCUGCCUGUUAUUCAGAUGUGGGACCUGAGAUUUGCCUCCUCCCCACUUCGUGUUCUGGAAAGUCACACAAGGGGUAUAUUGGCCAUUGCUUGGAGUAUGGCAGAUCCAGAGCUGCUACUUAGCUGUGGGAAAGAUGCUAAAAUUCUCUGCUCCAACCCUAACACAGGAGAGGUGCUGUACGAGCUGCCCACGAACACUCAGUGGUGCUUUGAUAUCCAGUGGUGCCCGAGGAACCCUGCUGUGCUGUCUGCAGCCUCCUUCGACGGCCGCAUCAGCGUCUACUCCAUCAUGGGCGGCAGCGCCGAUGGCCUCAGGCAGAAACAAGUUGACCAGCUCUCCUCGUCUUUUGGGAACCUCGAUCCCUUUGGCACGGGCCAGCCCCUGCCUCCCCUGCAGCUCCCCCAGCAGACUGCCCCACAGAGUGUGGUGAUGCCUCUGAAGAAACCACCCAAGUGGAUCCGGCGACCCAUGGGAGCAUCCUUCUCGUUUGGAGGCAAGCUGGUGACCUUUGAGAAUUCCAAGCCUCCUCAGCAGCCGGGCAUGGAGCAGCAGCAGCAGCAUCCCCACGUCUACGUGAGCCAGGUUGUCACAGAGAAGGAGUUCCUGGCCCGCUCAAACCAGCUGCAGGAGGCUGUGCAGUCCCAGGGCUUUGUCAGCUACUGCCAGAAGAAAAUGGACAUGGCCCUGGCUGACUUUGAGAGGAACGUGUGGGCCUUCUUGAAGGUGAACUUCGAAGAGGAUUCACGUGUUAGAUACCUUGAGCUCUUAGGAUACAGGAAGGAUGAUCUGAAGAAGAAGAUCACAUCUGCUCUGAAUAAAGAAGGUCUUGCAGAUGGUGCCUUGGGAGAGGCUCCUGCAGAAUCUGAUGGAUCUGUGCCAAAUGAGGGGGAUGAAGGCCAGACUACAGAGGAGGAGUUCUUGGGAGAGACACUGAAGGACCAUAAAAAAGAAACUGAAGAUUUGGGACCUGCAAAGACAACAUUUAACAUUUCUGUUAGUGGAGAUGUGGAUGGGCUGAUCACACAGGCUCUGCUGACAGGGAACUUUGAAAGUGCAGUGGAUCUGUGCCUGCACGACAACCGCAUGGCCGACGCCAUCAUCCUGGCCAUCGCCGGCGGGCAGGAGCUGCUCUCCCGGACUCAGGAGAAGUACUUUGCCAAGAUGCGCAGCAAAAUUACCAGGCUCAUCACUGCAGUUGUAACAAAGAACUGGAAAGAGAUUGUGCAGUCUUGUGACCUGCAGAAUUGGAGAGAGGCCUUGGCUGCUGUGCUCACUUAUGCCAGGCCAGAUGAGUUUACAGCCCUCUGUGAUCUCCUGGGUAGCAGGCUGGAGAAUGAGGGGGACAGCGUUCUGCAGACACAAGCUUGCCUCUGUUAUAUUUGUGCUGGCAACGUGGAUAAACUUGUUGCUUGUUGGACCAAAGUUCAGGAUGGAAACAGCCCCUUGUCCCUUCAGGAUUUGAUAGAGAAGGUGGUGAUCCUGCGCAAAGCCGUGCAGCUCACACAGGCCGUGGACCCGAACGCCAUGGGCGCCCUUUUGGCCGAGAAGAUGAGCCAGUAUGCCAACCUGCUGGCUGCUCAGGGCAGCCUGGCUGCAGCACUCUCCUUCCUCCCUGCCAACACCAACCAGCCCAACAUCGUGCAGCUGCGGGACAGGCUCUGCAGAGCCCAGGGGCAGCUCCCAGCAGGACAGGACGGCCUCAAGGCGCCCCAUGAGAGAGAGCCCAUGGCCAAAGGGAGAGCUGGCCCCGCGGCGGGACGGAUGCAGGCACCCCAGGCUCCAGCCCAGCAGUAUUACCAGCAGGGAGACAACCCACCUCCUCCAGGGUUUAUUAUGCCAGGUGCUGUUGGCCCCAGCAUGCCACCACAGCAAGCCACCUCUUCCAACUACAGCAUGUACUCGCAAGCAGGAACGCGGCCCGCGUACCCACAGACAUAUCAGGCCACACAGCAGUACUCUGGAACUGGGGGACCAGCUCUCUAUCAGCCUCAGCAGCCUGUUGCUGCCCCUGCUUCAGCCUCUUACCCCAGCCCUGCCCCUAACACCACCCCUUCCUACCUGCCCUCUGCCCCUGCCCACUCCAUGCCCUCCCCGCUGUACCCCGGGCAGCCUCAGCCCUCCCCAACCAGCCUGAAUCCCAUCUCUUCCUUCCCUGUUCCUCCUUCUGGCACAUCCUUUCAGCAUGGCAGGCCAGGACUUCCAACAACUUCUGUGGCUUAUGCAUUACCUACUGGACCAACAGGUACUCUGCCUGCAGCCAGUGACCUUCCUGCAUCCCAGAGAACAGAAAGUCUACCAUCUCAAGACCAGGCCUCUCCCUUCACAGGUGAACUAGGGCCCCAGAACGGCUGGAAUGACCCUCCCACCCUCAACAGAGCUGCCAAGAAGAAGAAGGUCCCUGAGAACUUCCUGCCCCCGGUGCCCAUCACCGCCCCCAUCAUGAACCCGCUGGCGGACCCGCAGUCCCAGAUGCAGCAGCCCCAGGCUCCAGCACCUCCCAGCAGUGCACCCAGCUUCCAGCCUGCCCACCUCCCUGCAGGGCAGAUGGUGCUGCAGGGGGGCUUCCAGCCUGCUGCCCAGCCCCUGGGGCCAUCCACCAUGGCACCCACUGCUUCCAAACCCAGCACGGAGGGAGCCCCGGGGGCCCCCAUUGGCAAUGCCAUCCAGCAUGUGCAGGCACUGCCAACAGAGAAGAUCACCAAGAAGCCCAUCCCUGAGGAGCACCUUAUCCUGAAGACUACUUUUGAAGCUCUCAUCCAGAGGUGCCUGCUGUGUGCCUCCGAUCCGCAAACCAAGAGGAAACUGGAUGAUGCAAAUAAACGCCUGGAGUUUCUGUAUGACAAGCUUAGGGAACAGACACUCUCUCCGACCAUCAUUAGUGGCUUGCACAACAUUGUGAAGAGCAUCGAGACCCGCAACUACCAGGAGGGACUGAACAUCCACACACACAUUGUCAGCACCAGCAACUUCAGCGAGACCUCUGCUUUCAUGCCAGUCCUCAAGGUUGUCCUCACCCAGGCCAACAAACUGGGGGUGUGAGGUGUACCCCACAUUGCCAAGCCCUGGAGGUUGCUUUCCCAAAGAAGUGCAUUUCUGCCGCAAACAUGCGGGAAAUGGACCGAGCGCUCUCCCUCGCAGCAUGGCGCAGUAGAGCUGACAAAUGGCAUUACACCCUCCCUGCAAAGUACCUGGUUCUAGAAGGGCUGUGGAGCCCUGGUGCUUUUCUUCUUGUUUUAAUCCUUUUCCCAUCCCUAACGAUUCUCAUCUACAAAUAGUAUAUUUAAUGGGUGAUGUCCCACGUUGUCAAUUUUUAGGUGCAUGUUACGCUGCUCAACAGUGGCUUUUAAUAACAGAUGUAUGUGUUGAAACAACAAGAUAGGUUGUGUAUUGGACCCUAAAACAGAUUCUUCCCUUCCACCCCACUGUUCCUUAUCCACCAGAUUAAAAACAGUCUGAUCAUG